CUUGUACAAGCAAGCUCAACCACAUGCAGUCAGCGGGGGCGGCGCCACCGCACUUCCAAAUUACCUGAGUGUCUCGUGUUAAUCUGGCUCGAAAACGGGUGCGGCUGACUGCUGUUGACGAGCAGAAUUUACCAUUUGCACACUUGCCACUUUGUGAUGAGGCAAUCUACCUGGUACCGAUUCACGCCAUGGGCUACAGUUUUCUCAACUUUGUUAUCUUUCAUUUCCGCGGAGGUGGUGGAUGAUCAACCCCAGCAGGAAUUUACGGAAGUUCAAGGUAGAGUGCUGAGUUCCGCAGCCACCCUAGGCGUCUGUGCACUUGUCUUCGCAUGUCUCAAUCUUAUCUGCUGCAGUGUCUCGCUUCACAAGGCUAUCAAAGAUCGAGAGCGCAUCAAAAAGCGGAACGCAGUCCGAAAACGAAUAAACGCCCAUCUCAUGGAACCAAAGACUAAACCCUAUAUGGAUGACGGCUCUCCGAAUCCGGAAACACGCUUACAACCUCCCCUAGAACCCACAGCGCAUGUGAAGCGUUUGCACGCCAAGUCUUUAGAGCGAAACAUCCCAGAAGCACAACCACUAACAAGACUGCCUGCGACUCAGCACUCACCAGCAGUGGCUCGGCUGGCUCGAAUGGAUCAUACGGCCGAUAUAACAUUCACUGACCCACUGAGUUACUAAUUUAAACGGAAAAUAGCUCCGCUCCUUGUACUAUCCGAAGGGUGUGUCCAAUCUAGUUGGAUGCGCAUUGAACCCACAUACAAGCGAAUGCACACUAGAUCCCCACUAGCUUACCCCUUGGUUUCGUUCUUAUUCCUCUUCAUUUUGGACAUGAGUAAAUUGGAUUGGCGAGACAUAGAUCUAAGGGUAGAAACCCUCUCCAUGGUUAGACUC